AUGCCAACUGUUGCUUCAUUGAAAGGAGUGAGAACGAAGUACAGAAAAGUGGUGAUAACUGAGCUUCAAAAAGCAAACGACCUUCUGAAAUGUGAGGUGAGUGCAGUGUCAAAUAUUGAGUUUUUAAAAGAUGUUCAAAGGUGUAAAAGUCUAUUGAAAUCCUAUUCUGAGAAAUUGAUGAGUCAAAUGGAUAAACUAUCAGAACGUUUAACUAAAAGUGAUUCAGAAUAUUUGCAACAUAUUGUAGAUGAAGAUUGCAAUUUGAAUUUCGAGGUAGAAAAUUGUAUCAUUGAUUUAGACCAAUUUUGUGAGUCAAUUGUACCAUUGAAACAUGAUGAGAAAGAAAAAGAGACAUAUCAAGAACAAAUGCAAAAGAUGAUGAUGACACAAAUUGAACAGCAACAUCAAAUGAUGGUGCAGAUGCAAACGGACAGAAAAAAUACAAGUGCAGUUAAAUUACCAAAACUUGAUUUGGACAUGUUUUACGGAAACAAAAUAAACUGGUGGGAAUUUUGGGACUCUUUUGAAUCCAUUGUGCACAGAAACACCAAACUAUCCAACAUAGAAAAGUUUAAUUAUUUGCUAAGCAAACUAGACGGAGAAGCGAAGAGAGCAUUAGCUGGACUUGCGCGUACUAACGACAAUUAUUCUAUUGCAGUCGGAAUUCUACGAGAGAGGUACGGCAACAAACAAGAGAUUAUUGAUCUUCAUUACAAAGAAAUGCUUAAUGUUCAUUCACCAACUACAAAGGUUGAAAUCCUGCGAUUUUUUUUGGAUAAAGUUGAAAAAACCUUACGCAGUCUUGAGAUACUAAAGGAAAAUGUGAAUCAACACGUUUUUGUUUCAAUGAUUCGCACAAAGCUGCCAGAGGAUGUGCUCCGGCAGCUGGAAAUAAUAAAAGGAGCAAAGAAUGAGUGGACUGUUGACAGUUUGCGUGAUCACCUACGAGAAUACAUUACCGCUUGUGAAAAGUCUGACAAAGGAAAGAGUGAUAGAGUGCAUGGAGGUCAAUUUAAUUCAGUGAACAGGAGAAUAAAGAAAGACGGAGCAUUGCCAACGAAUACUUGGAAUAAAGAUUUUCAUAUUCAACAUCAUUUUCAGAAAUUCCGUAGCAGUGCCGACACAUUUGUGGCCAAUGAAACUGUUCAUAACAAGCCAGUGUGUAGAUAG